AGAGGGGCCUGGCGGCCGUGCGGGAGCCAUGGCGGCCACGGAGGCGGCGGCGGCCGAGUCUGCGGGUCCGGCCCCGGGUGUCCCGGCCACGCCGGCGAACACGCGGGGAGCCGCCGCCGCCUCUAGCCCGUGGAGGCCGCCCGAGUCGCGACUGCAAGGCAGCCGACCGAGACCGGCCAGGGCUCGGGCCGCGGCCCCGGUGCCACCGGCCCGGGAGCUGAUCCAGCCGACUGUGAGCGAGCUGUCCCGGGCUGUGCGCACCAAUAUUCUGUGCACCGUGCGCGGCUGCGGCAAGAUCCUGCCCAACAGCCCUGCGCUCAACAUGCACCUCGUCAAGAGCCACCGACUGCAGGAUGGCAUAGUAAACCCGACGAUAAGGAAAGACUUGAAAACUACACCGAAAUUCUACUGUUGUCCAAUCAAAGGAUGUCCUCGAGGCCCCGACCGACCAUUUUCUCAGUUUUCUCUGGUUAAACAGCACUUUAUGAAAAUGCAUGCAGAGAAGAAGCACAAAUGCAGUAAGUGCAGUAAUUCCUAUGGCACCGAGUGGGACCUGAAAAGACACGAGGAGGAUUGUGGCAAGACCUUCCAGUGUACGUGCGGCUGUCCCUACGCCAGCAGAACUGCACUACAGUCUCACAUCUACCGAACUGGCCACGAGAUCCCUGCAGAGCACAGAGACCCACCUAGUAAAAAAAGGAAAAUGGAAAGCUACCUACAAAACCAAACGUUGUCCAGUAAAACCACUGAACCACUGAGCGACCAAGCAGCCCCGCGCCAAGGUGCUCCUGAAGCAGAUGCUCUGGAGGUAAAGCCUGCAGCAUCCCUCGAAGACUCCUGUAGCUCCCACACCAAAAAGCAGAGCAUCUCGACGCCUCCCAGGUGUCCCCAGAAGUUGCUGUUACCAAAGCCCAAGGUGGCUCUGGUUAAACUUCCGGUCAUGCAGUUUUCCCCUGUGCCUGUCUUUGUGCCUACAGCGGAUUCCUCGGCCCAGCCUGUGGUGUUAGGUGUGGAUCACAGUUCUGCAGCCAGUGCUCUGCACUUAGUACCCUUGUCGGUAGGAACCUUGAUCCUCAGCCUGGACUCAGAGGCCUGCUCUCUGAAAGAGAGCCUACCUCUCUCAAAAAUUAUCAGUCCUGUUGUUGAGCCAAUGAAUACAGGUGUUCAAGUGAACUUGGGUAAAAGUCUGUGUAGUCCUUUACAAGAGGUAGGGAGUGUGUGUCAGAGGACCAGCAUUUCCUCAAGCAACGUGCAGACAGAUCUGACCUAUGCCUCAGCCAACUUGAUACCCUCUGCUCCGUGGCUCGGCCCUGAUUCCUCUGUGUCAUCCUGUUCUCAGACUGACCUGUCGUUUGAUUCUCAAGUGUCCCUUCCUGUUAGUGUCCACACCCAGACGUUGGUGCCCAGCUCUAAGGUCACUUCAUCCAUAGCUGCUCAGACAGAUGCAUUUAUAGAUGCCUGUUUCCAGCCUGGUGGGGUCUCCAGGGAAACCCAGACCAGCAGGAUGCAGAACCGCACAAACGACUCAGUGCCAGUGGGCCACACUGGCCUGUGUGGGGACAUUUUUGAAAGCGUGCAUGCGUCUUACAGUGUGCCCACUGACACCAUCAUGAGUAGCAGCUUAGUUGCAGAGACAGGGACUCACGGUCUGCCACCUCAGAGUGACCCUAAGAUCUUAGGCCAAGUCAUGGAAAAGUCUGCACCUGUGUUAAACUUCAGUGCCCAGAACGGCAUGCUUCCUGCACAAACCAUGACAGAUAAUCAGACCCAAACCAUAGAUCUACUGAGUGACUUGGAAAACAUCUUGUCAAGUAACCUGCCAGGUCAAACACUGGAUAACCGGAGUCUCUUGUCCGACACAAACCCUGGGCCUGACGCCCAGCUCCCGGCUGGCUCAGCGCAGAAUUCUGGGAUUGAUUUUGAUAUUGAAGAGUUCCUCUCAGCCUCCAAUAUCCAGACCCAGACUGAGGAGAGUGAGCUCAGCUCCAUGAGCACUGAGCCGGUCCUGGAGUCCCUGGACAUCGAGACGCAGACUGAUGUCUUCCUCUCAGAUCCCUCCACACAGCCCUAUGGGUUCAGAGCAGGGUCAGGCUUCCUGGGCCUUGAGAUGUUUGACACACAGACACAAACAGACUUAAACUUCUUCUUAGACAGUAGUCCUCACCUGCCCCUGGGCAGCAUCCUGAAACACUCCAGCUUCUCCAUGAGUACCGACUCCUCUGACACAGAGACCCAAACUGAAGGAGCCUCCCCUGCUCAGCACGGACCUGCUCUGGAGAGCAAGGUCCAGUUGAGCAGCACAGAAACACAGACCAUGAGUUCUGGCUUCGAGCCCCUGGGGAACUUGUUCCUCACCAGCAACGAAACUCAGACGGCAAUGGAUGACUUCCUUCUAGCCGAUCUGGCCUGGAAUACGAUGGAGUCCCAGUUCAGCUCCGUGGAAACCCAGACGUGCGCAGAGCUGCAUGCUGUCUCCAGCUUCUGAAGGUGCAGCCAGGCAUCCCCGCUCCAUAUGCGUUUAGAAUAUGGGCUCAAGGACAGCGGCACCAACUGGGGAUGUAGUCAGUGGGGCAGCUGUUUAGAUUCUCUUCAGUUCUUGGUGUUUUGUACUCGUGACCACAAGAUUGGUGUGCAAAUGUGAGUGUAUUAUAAAGUGUAAGUGUUGAUCUAAAAUGUCGCCUACGUUUGCUCCUGUGUAGCUAUUUAUCUUUUUAAAAAAUGCAUUUUACACUGUAAAACUUAGAACUGUUUAGCUAAUGCCAAGCUUAGCAGGUGGGAGGGGGCAAGCUUUGUGGCUGCUUUAACUGAGUAUAGCACACUUAAAUGGCAUCUCCGCGUAAAGGGCGCCUCAAAUGCUCAGACAAUGUUUGUGUGGCCGCUAACUCCUGGAUGCCACCACCUUGCCUUGUCAUGUCCCUCUGACUUGGAAGCACCAGGGAAGCCACAGCUGUCUUUAGCUUUUAUGACAGUUUUGAGUCUCUGCUGUCCCUUUCCUCCUGAGCUGUGACUGCCGCCAGCUUCGUGUGUCAUCCUCCCAAUGUGAGGUUACUGGCCAGUGUGAGAACAGCAAGCACUCAGUGUCAAUGGCAGCCUUAGUAUGAGGAAGGUAUCCAGCUGUGGAGAUACCUGCGCACUGUGGACACCCUCGGUUCUGUUCAUCUCGGGCUUAUCCCGCUUCAUGGACGAGCUCUCCUCUGCUCCCUCCAGAGUGUUGAUCAAAUCUGUGGGAUUGCCACGUGCCAGACGGCAGCCAGCUGUGAGCACACAGUGGCUAGAGGGUAGUUCCUGGUCGACCCCAGAGCUUCUAGCUUUCUAUAAAUUGGGGCUCCUAUGACUCCAUACUCUUUGUGCUCGGUGAAUUUACUAGAACUCAGGGAUACUGUUUCUGUGAAGGGUAGGCUGGGUGCAAAGGGGCAGAGGACUUCCACACCUUCGCUAGGCACAGCACCUACCAAGAGUCUGCCUGUUAGCCUUGUAGGAACCUCCAAACUCAGUCUUGUGGGGUUAGUGGCUGCUUCGUUGUGUGGGUAGAGAGUUGCUUAAACCAUUAGAGAUCAACUUAACCUUGAGUAGUGUCACCCUUCCUGGUGGGUUGGGAGGUAGGGAUGAAGCUGAAAAUACCCCAACCUUUCGAUCAUUACUUAUUCCUUGGUCUCUCCUGUGACUUGUCCCCAUCCUAAUACUACCCUGAUGCUACCAGCUACCAAUGACCUCAUAGCAAGCAAAAGCAAAACAUUUUUCUGAAGACUUCGGGGUGGGGGGAAGUUGUGAGCAAAUAUAUACGUUACAUCACCUCCCCACAGACAUCCUUUCUGCUCCACAGUAGACCCUGGGGCCUACCCGACUGCUCCCCAUAAUGGACUCAGAGACCCUCUAAGAAUUAAAAAGGAAGACGUGGGGUGAGGGAAAGGUUUUCCUGCCCAGCCCCCACCAGUAUGCUGCACUUGUUAUCUUGGUAGGAGAAGCAGGGCCCACAGUAUCUUUCCUCCACCCACCCCCAUCUUCUCCCUGAAAGAAGCUCUUAGGUCUGACAAGCAUAGUAUGUGUACGUUGAGACUAGCAAUUGUAGAAUAGACCCAUCUAAAGUAUGCUGAUCUAGAUUCUGUUGUGAUGCAUUCUUUAAAGAGGGAAAAUCUGGAGAGCAAUUGCUUCAACGGUUAAGAACACCCUCACUCUGAGGGAAGAGCGAGGUCAAGCCUGCCUUGGGGGGGCUCUGUGCUAAGUAGGUCAUGGGUUCAUAGCUGGUGCCCACCUCUGAGGCAAAUUAAGAAUCAGCCCAGCCAGGGGACCUUUCCAGUCUAGCCUGGAUGGAAAAGCCCUGUUCUUUUGGCAUANGUUUGUGCUGCCAAAAGCUGAACCUUCAAAAAUGAAACCUAAGAGGGCUGGUGAUGACUCAUUAAAGUUGGUAUUGCUGCUGUCCUGUCACAUUCAUCUGAUGCAAAGAACUCAGUAAUGGGCUAAUAACACACCUGGCAGAUGAAUGCAACCCAGGAGCUAAACAGUGGUUGUGGCCACAGUCGCCUGUGAAUGUGAGUUUCAGAACAGACAUAAAGCCUUAACUUAGAUUUUCUGUUGUUUUGGACUCAUCCACUGCCUUAACGCUCAAGCAUCUAUUUAAGCCCUCCGGCUGAAGGAGAAAUGCAUGUCUGCUCGUGGCUCUUUGUAAAUAUAAGUGCAGCAAUCUAUGGCUUUUUAAGUUUUUGUGUCUGUGGAGAUGUGUCUUAAUAGUUACAAGAUAAAGAAUGGAGCAUGUAAUUGUCCUUCAUGUGCAAGAACUGUCCCCACAAAAAUCUUUGUAACCUGAGCUCCCCUAAGGUUGUUUGUUUGUGAACAUAAAUUUGGUGAUUAAAGAGAAGCUAGAAUUCUA